GUCGUCAACGCUAGUGUUUAUGAAAUGUCCGGUAGAAGGCCUCAGUUCCCCAAAGAACAUUCCAACAUGAAAUAACAAUCGGUGACAUGCAUUUGUGAAACACGUAAACCGAUAACUAUGGAUGACCCUCGAAUCGAAUGGAUUCGUAAUCGAGUGCAUCAAUCACUUGAUAUCAAUGAAGUAGAAGUUUUCGAAGAACUAUUGGAACGGGAUGACGGCGAAAUAGAAAGACAACUUGGAAAAUUCUUGAACGACACUCCAGAUGACAAUGAGUCCUCGAUCUUGUUUUACAAAAUUGUUCGAGAGGAAGAGGAGGAAGUUGAAGUCGAAUGCGAGCCGGAGAUUCCCGACAUUCAGCAGGAGGAGGAAGGUGGGGAGGGGGAGGGGGAUACUGCAGCUGGGGAGGAGGAUCCUGCAGCAGAACAAGCUCUUCCAGUCUCCACCCCCACAGGCACAGAGAGGGAGGAGGAAACACCCAGCAGAAAAGGUAAGAAGAAACGUAAAGGAAAAGAAACACCCUCAUCUGAGUUGGAGGCUGACACUCCACGAGAAUCCGAGCCUGAAGCCAAACCUGAGGCUGAUCCUGCUACAGAGGAAGGACAGGGAGAAGAUGGAGAAGAACUUGUUGUUCAGAGGACAAAGAUCAUCAUUCAGAAGGUAUGGCGGACGUACUUGUACAUGUGCUACCAGCACCUUCCUGAGAAAGUCGCAGACCAGGAUAGUGUCUACUUCCUGCGUAACACCGCCGGCAUGGUGCCACUACCAAACACACUGGACGAAGCCAAUGAGAUGCUGCCGGGAUACUUUGAGUUCGGUCUACUUAAUGGUCAUUCACUUGUCAUGUUGGAGCAAAUCAUCACGCAGGUUUAUAUGCCUCUCCUCUCCUACAACCAACACAAAAAUGGAGAUAGUCGAUCAGGGGCUAAGAUGUCUGACCAGAGGUCAAUGAGUCGGCAGGACACUGAGGUCAGCCAGUCAGAAGGUGGCGACGAGGAAAAGGAUGAAAAAGAGGUCAACGUUGCUGAAACACGAGCUAGGGCACUUCUGAGAGAUGAGUUCCUGAUAUCAAUGCAGAAAUUUGCUUCCAGCAUCAGCCGCACCUUACAACAGAUUGAAGGGGAGGUGCGCCUCGAGGUACCUGAUGUCGUGAUCCCGGAGAAUAUCGAGGAGAUCACCAGCAAUCAGGAAUUGCUACAGCUUGUACAGGAUAAAUGCGAUGAGUGGGCUAAGCAGGUCCAAACAGCCCUGGAACAACAACUAAGGAAAACCCCUCUUGGGAAAGGGCCCCUCGCUGAGAUCGACUUCUGGCGAGAACGAAACGCAGCUCUUAGCGCUUUGACCGAACAGUUGAAAAUUUCGACAGUUCGUCAAAUGUUGGACAUGUAUAUACAGAUUGACUUAGAUUUCGAGGACCCAAGGACGGGGUUGAACAAGUAUUAUGUGGAAGCGAAAGACAAUGUUCGUUUUCUGUCCACUCUUGAAAGACAUUUCAAGAAUAUUGCUCAUGGUGCUACCUUCCAGAUAGUCAUUGAGACGAUUCCGUCUAUGAUGAAUGCGUUACGCAUGGUGUGGAUCAUCUCACGGCAUUACAACAAAGACGAGAGGAUGGUUCCUCUGAUGGAGAGGAUUGCCUUGGAGCUGGCAGACCGGGUGGCUAAAGUUAUCGACAUCCGGACCUUAUACAGAAAUGGCACUGAGGAGGUAAAACAGAAGACAGAGGAAGCAAAGAAAAUGUUGAUAGUCUGGAAGGAUUCUUACUUUGAAGUGCGGGCAAAGAUUGAGCAGUCUGGGCGGGACCAGAGAUGGGAGUUUGAUCGGAAGCGACUGUUUGAUCGGACAGAGUACAUGGCCGGAAUAUGCCAGGACCUGUACAACGUGGCCCAGGUCCUGGAGGAAUUCUACAACAUCUUUGGUCCUGAGUUGAAGGCUGUCACUGGGGACCCCAAAAGGAUUGAAGAUGUGCUUACCAGAGUUGAUGCCCUUGUCACACCACUCGAGGAGGUGACCUUUGACCCCUUCAGUCAACAAGACCAGAAGCACUGGAAACGGGUGAUGGAGUCCUUCAACAAGGAGGUCCUCGCUAUCGAGGGAGAAGCCAAGAUGUUCAUUGAUGAAUCUUUCCAAUCACUUCGAUCUGCUGAAGGAGCUUUUGACAUGUUGCUCAACUUCAAACACAUCAGGUCACGAGAGGCCAUUAACAACCAGAUGAUGCAGAAGUUCACUGACAUUUUGUCCCAGUAUACCAAGGAGGUAGAGAUAAUGAACAGCCUGUUCAGGAACUACAAUGAGAGUCCGCCUCUACACAAGAACAAUCCCCCUGUGUCCGGCUCCAUCUUCUGGGAACGCUCACUCUUCCAUCGCAUCAAACACACAGUCAUCCGCUUCCAGUCCAUGGAAGACAUAAUGUCAUCAGAGAGGGGGAAGGCGUCCCGAGCCAACUACCUGCGUGUAGGCAAACAGAUGAAAACUUACGAGGACCAGAAGUAUGAGAUGUGGCGAGAGACGGUGGAGCAGGUGCUGCCAUCGCUGCUGAAACGGAAUCUGCUGGUGAAACCAUCCCAUCUACAGAGUCAUCAGCUUCAUCUACAGCAUCAGCUGCAGCUUCAACAGCAGGCUGUUCAACAACAGCAGGCUGUUCAACAACAGCAGGCUGUACAACAACAGCAACAACAACAGCAGCAGCAACAUCAUGGUGCUGGUGAUGAAGCUGGGGAAGAUGCAACAGUGGUGCAGUCAGAAUUGACCGAAACAAUAGCACAAACGCAGGAUCAAGAUGGUAACUCGUUCCAUAUUAAGUAUGUGGUGGACUUUGACCCCCAACUGGCGGAGAUUGUGGCGGAGACACGCUACAUGGAGCAGCUGGGGUUCCCGGUGCCGGAGUUGGCACGGAACGUUGCACUCCAAGAGGAGAAGUACAUCAAGUAUGUGGAUGGACUGAAGCAUAUGCUCAUCCGCUACCAUCUGCUCCUGGCGUCGCUGGACAAAGCCGAGUCUGCCCUAUUAGAAGAUCACCAGCGAGAGCUGCGUCGUGUUUUGCGACCAGGAUCCAAACGUCUCAACUGGAACUCCCUGGGCAUCAACGACUACGUUCAGAAGUGCAUUUCUGCCACUGCGAAGUUUGAGUCUCUAGUCAACCAGGUUCAGAAGAAUGCUCGUGACAUCAACCAGAGGCUAUUGAUGAUUGAGAAUGCAAACCUCUUCAAGGGCCCACCACCACCGAAGGUCCAAGACCUCCUGCCCAGCUGCAAGGAGUUCUUUGAACAUAUUGAGCGUGAGCGAGGGAAGGACUUUGAGAUUCUGGCCAGGAAAUAUCGUGCAAUAGGUCCUCUGCUGACCAAGAUGGAGGGACUGGUUGUCCACACUAACACUGGACGCUCCCCCAAACUUAAUCAGUAUUACUCCUACUGGGAGAAAAAGGUGUAUGAAGCUCUCACAAAGCUUAUCAACAACAACCUGCGUCGGUUCAACUCAGCGCUAACAGGAGAGAAGGCAUUAUUCCAAGUUGACACACUACUCGCAGCCCCCGAUGUCAUUCUUCACCCUCAGACCAACGAAGUCUACAAGCUAACACUACAGUGUGUUCGCGACUGUGUUGAGGGUACAAAGAGUUUUGUGCGGUGGAUGAACGGCACCUGUAUCGAGACGGCACCACAGAAAGUUGAUGGAGAGGAUGAGCUGUUUGUGUUCAGCUUCUUUCAGGACAUCUCCCAGAACCCUGAGAUCAUCGAGCUGGUUCAGAUCCUGGCACAGAACAUCAAGAACACGCUGACCACUCUCCAGCGCUACCUCAACAGAUGGAAGAAGUACCGGAACAUAUGGAAACCAGAGAAGAUGCAGAUAGCAGAGAAGUGGUUUCAGAAGGGCCCCACAGUAGUAGCCUUUGAUGAGAAGCUACAACACUACUUCAAGACAAUUGACGAGGUGGCGGCACUGCCUGUCAUCAAAGAUCAGGAGUGUAUACGGCUCCACAUGGAGCCACUGUGUCGUGCUGUCAAAGAAAACGCAACUCAGUGGAUUGACUGUCUGGGCAAACUGUUACGAGAUUCGGCUAAAGAAAGUCUGUAUGAACUGCAAGAUUCUUUAGAGACCAAGUCUGAUGAUCUAGAACAGACCCCAACAACUCUGGAAGAUCUCAAGUUUGUGCUGUCCACCAUUAAUGACAUUCGGACCAUGUCGCUUGACGUCGAGACCAAGAUCCGAGACAUCCAGGAGAGAUACCGGACGCUCAGUAUUUAUGACAUACAGGUAUCGGAUGAGGAGAAGGAAGUCCAGCACAAGCUGCCGCACAUCUGGGAGGAGCUUGUCCUCAAGUCAAAGAAUGUGGACGCCAGCCUUGUGGUUGUCAAGAAGAAGUUUACAGAGAUCACACAAGAACAUAUCAAAGACUACCGCAAGGCUCUGGAGACAUUUGCAGAAAGAUUCCAUGCUGAAGGCCCUGGGGCUGUGGCUUAUGAUCUUGAUAAAGGUGUGGAGCUGAUGAAGACACACAGGGAGGAAGUUGCUCAGUAUGAGGCUCAGAGGCAGGAGUUGGCUAAUGCUGAGAGGCUGUUCGACCUGCCCAUUACCAUGUACCCCGACCUGUUGCAGGUCCAGAAGGAGAUGAAGGGCUUUGAGCAGAUAUAUUCCCUGUAUGAAGAGCAGAAGGCUGCACGUGAGCAGUGGGCUGAGACGCUGUGGGCCAACCUGAACGUCCAGCUGCUGCAGGAGGGUAUCGAAGGCUUCCUCAAAAGUCUCCGCAAACUCCCCCGUGAUGUCAAGUCCAUGCAGGUGGCCAGAGUUCUGGAGGAGAAGAUGAAGGAGUUCCGAGACUCCCUGCCACUGUUUGUCGAUCUGAAACAUGAGGCACUCCGAGAGAGACAUUGGAAAGAACUGAUGACAAAGACAGGUCAGAAGUUUGACAUCAAUCCUGAGACCUUCACCCUGGCUAAUGUAUUCUCUAUGGAGCUCCAUCGCUUCCAGGAAACAAUCCAAGAGAUUGUCACAUGUGCCAGCAAGGAAAUGGGCAUCGAAAAGGGCGUGAAAGAGGUUGAGGAGACGUGGAGCAACAUGAAGUUCACCGUGCAGGCGUACUUGAAGGGAACAUCUCACCGAGGCUUCAUCCUUGGCUCCGUGGACGACGUGCUGCAGAUACUGGACGACAGCGCCAUGAACCUACAGAGCAUGUCCGCAUCACGAUUCAUCGGACCCUUCCUGAACUCGGUACAGAACUGGGAGAAGAGCCUGUCUCACAUCUCCGAGGUCCUUGAUGUGUGGAUGGUGGUUCAGAGGAAGUGGAUGUACCUGGAGGGCAUCUUCAUCGGUGGUGACAUCCGAUCUCAACUCCCUGAGGAGGCCAAGAAGUUUGACCAGAUUGACAAGACAUUCAAGAAGAUAAUGACAGAAACCCACAAAACCCCUCACAUCAAGCUGGCAUGCCAUGCACAGAACAGACUGUCUGACUUACAGAACCUCAGCACCGGGCUGGAGAAAUGUCAGAAGUCCCUCAAUGAUUAUCUUGACUCUAAGAGAAAUGCCUUCCCUAGGUUCUUCUUUAUAUCAGAUGAUGAGCUGCUCAGUAUUCUUGGCAGCAGCGACCCUGAGUGUGUGCAAGAACACAUGAUCAAGAUGUUUGACAACAUUUCAGCCCUGAGGUUUGCCAAGGGCGCCAACAAUGAAGCCACGGCUGCUGCCAUGAUUUCUGCAGAGGGUGAGACGAUGGAGUUCCGCAGCAGCAUUCCGGCAGAGGGUCGUGUUGAGGAUUGGAUGACAGGGGUCUUGGAGGAGAUGAGGAGGACCAACAGACUCAUCACCAAGGAGGCCGUCUUCUUCUACUGUGACAAGAGAUCAAGAGUGGAGUGGAUGAUGAAAUACCAAGGGAUGGUGUGUCUGGCUGGCAACCAGAUCUGGUGGACGUGGGAGGUCGAGGAUGUCUUCAAGAAGGUCAAGAAGGGGGUGAAGACAGCACUCAAGGACUAUGCCAAGAAGCUUCACAAGCAGAUAGAUGAACUGGUAGUGCAGGUGAGGUCACCUUUGUCCAAGAAUGACCGAAGCAAGUUCAACACAGUACUCAUCAUCGACGUACACGCCAGAGACAUCAUUGACGGCUUUGUCAGAGACAGCAUCAUGGAUGCCCGAGAGUUUGAGUGGGAGUCUCAGCUUCGGUUCUACUGGGAGAAGGAACCAGAUGAACUGACCAUCAGACAGUGUACGGGAUCGUUCGGCUACGGUUACGAGUACAUGGGUCUCAAUGGGAGGUUGGUCAUCACGCCGCUCACUGACAGAAUCUACCUCACACUUACACAGGCUCUGUCGAUGAAGUUGGGCGGGGCUCCGGCUGGUCCUGCUGGAACCGGGAAGACAGAGACGACCAAGGAUCUGGCCAAGGCUCUGGGACUGCUCUGUGUCGUCACUAACUGUGGAGAGGGCAUGGAUUACAAGGCUGUGGGGAAGAUCUUCUCUGGGCUGUGCCAGUGUGGUGCAUGGGGCUGUUUUGAUGAGUUCAACCGUAUCGACGUGUCCGUAUUAUCUGUCAUCUCAACACAGCUGAAGACAAUCCAGAAUGGACUGCUACUCAACCUCAAGAGAUUCCAUUUUGAAGGUCAGGAGAUUGACCUUGACAGUCGUGUGGGUAUCUUCAUCACCAUGAACCCUGGUUAUGCCGGACGUACAGAGCUCCCCGAGUCGGUCAAGGCAUUGUUCCGGCCAGUGGUGGUCAUUGUCCCUGAUCUGCAGCAGAUCUGUGAAAUCAUGUUGUUCUCUGAGGGAUUCCUGCUUGCCAAGGUACUGGCCAAGAAGAUGACUGUGCUGUACAAGUUGGCCAAAGAGCAGCUGUCCAAGCAGUACCACUACGACUUCGGUCUGCGUGCUCUAAAGUCAGUGCUGGUGAUGGCAGGAGAGCUGAAGAGAGGGGCGGCUGAACUCCAUGAGGAUGUUGUGUUGAUGAGAGCUCUGAGAGACAUGAACCUGCCCAAGUUUGUGUUUGAGGAUGUGCCCUUGUUCCUGGGCCUCAUCACUGACUUGUUCCCAGGGCUGGACUGUCCCCGAGUCAGGUAUCCCAACUUCAACGAUGCUGUGGAGGGAGUCCUGGAGGAAAACAACUAUGUCAUGCUGCCGCAGCAGGUUGACAAGGUGGUCCAGAUGUACGAGACAAUGUUGACCAGGCACACCACCAUGAUCGUAGGACCGACUGGCGGCGGGAAGUCUGUGGUCAUCAACACUCUGGCCCAGGCACAGACAAAACUGGGCCUGACGACCAAGAUGUUCACCAUCAACCCCAAGGACAGGAGCGUGAUAGAGCUGUAUGGAAUCCUUGAUCCAACAACCCGAGAUUGGACCGAUGGUUUGUUGUCCAACAUCUUCCGAGACAUCAACAAACCUACUGACAAGAAUGAGAGGAAGUACAUUGUGUUCGAUGGAGAUGUUGAUGCAUUGUGGGUAGAGAACAUGAAUUCGGUUAUGGACGACAAUCGGCUACUGACUCUUGCUAAUGGAGAGAGAGUUCGCCUGUUGAAACACUGUGCUCUGCUGUUUGAGGUAUAUGAUCUUCAGUUCGCCUCCCCUGCCACCAUCUCCCGAUGUGGUAUGGUGUAUGUUGACCCCAAGAACCUGGGCUUCAAGCCUUACUGGCAGAAGUGGGUCAAAGGCCGGCCGAACAAGACUGAGAGAGAUGAGUUGACUCGUCUGUACGACAAAUAUGUGCCCUGUCUCAUCGAUAUGGUGGUUGAAGGCAUUGUGGAUGGUAAACAACAAGAAAAACUCAAGACGAUUGUGCCGCUUACAAAUCUGAACAUGGUGACCCAGCUGUCGAUGAUGUUGAAUGCUCUGCUGGUGAAGGAGAUCCCCGAAUCAGCAGAGGUAGAGGCUAUAUUCCUCACUGCUUUGUACUGGUCAAUCGGAGGUGGUCUGCUUGAAGAUGGACGUAUCAAGUUUGACAACUACGUCAAGUACCUGGCUUCUCUCAACAUGAUCACUGACGACAAUGCUAUGCCAGGGCUAGGUGACCUACCCUCCAACUCCACGCUGUAUGAAUACUACUGGGACAUGGAGAAGAAGGGAUGGAUCCAGUGGUCCAAGAUGGUGCCCAAGUAUAUUCACAGUCCGGAGAAGAAGUUCAACGAGAUCCUCGUCCCAACUGUCGACACUGUGAGGUCAACAUGGCUGCUGGAGCUAAUGGUGGGCAUCAAGAGACCUGUUGUCCUUGUCGGCGAGACCGGAACGUCGAAGACAGCCACCACUCAGAACUUCCUCAGAACCCUGGAUCCGGAAUCACAUCUGCUGCUGAACAUGAACUUCUCCAGUCGGACCACAUCCCUGGAUGUCCAGCGAAACUUGGAGGCUAACGUAGAAAAGAGGACGAAGGACACGUAUGGUCCUCCACCUGGAAAACGCCUCCUCAUCUUUGUUGAUGACAUGAACAUGCCACAGGUUGACACAUAUGGCACCCAGCAACCCAUCGCUCUCCUCAAACUGCUGCUUGAACGUGGCGGCAUCUACGACCGCGGCAAAGACCUCAACUGGAAGAACAUGAAGGACAUCGGCUACAUAGCCGCCAUGGGCAAGGCAGGUGGAGGUCGUAACGAGACGGACCCCCGAUUUGUGUCGCUGUUCAGUGUGUUCAACAUGACAUUCCCUGACGACGAGUCUCUGUACCAUAUCUACAACUCCAUCCUCAGUGGGCACACACAGCCCAUGAGCAAGGACAUCCAGGACCUGGUGUCCACCAUCACCAAGAUGACCAUGUCGCUCUACAGCUCCAUUGUAAAGGAACUUCCUCCCACACCAUCCAAGUUCCACUACAUCUUCAACCUGCGAGACUUGUCUCGGAUCUACAACGGCCUGUGUCUGUCAACACCCGACAGGUUCACCAAAGUCGACCAGUUUCUCCGACUCUGGAGGAAUGAAUGUUUGAGAGUUAUUGGGGACAGACUCAUCAGUGAGACCGACAAGGAACUAGUCAACAAAACACUGAAAGGUCUGCUGGAGGAAAACUUCAAGGCGGAGGUUGAGUUUGUGCAGAAAGAUCCAAUCCUGUAUGGUGAUUAUCGCACAGCGCUGGACGAGGGAGAACCUCGACUCUAUGAAGAUGUACAGGACUAUGAGGCCAGCAAGGCUCUCUUCCAGGAGAUUCUGGAAGAGUACAAUGAAAACAACACCCCUAUGAACCUUGUUCUCUUCGACGAUGCUCUGGACCAUUUGACCCGUGUCCACCGUGUCCUGAGAAUGGACGGUGGUCAUGCCCUCCUGGUCGGUGUGGGCGGGUCCGGCAAGCAGAGCUUGUGUCAUCUUGCGUCCUACGCUGCUGGAUGCGAGGUGUUCGAGAUAAAGCUGAGCCGGGGAUACAACGAGGGAUCCUUCCGGGACGAUCUAAAGAUCCUGUACAACAAGCUGGGCAUGGAGAACAAGAAAACAGUCUUUCUGUUCACUGACCAGCAUGUGGCUGAAGAGGGAUUUCUGGAGCUGAUCAACAACAUGUUGACAUCCGGCAUGGUGCCUGCAUUGUAUGCUGAUGAUGAAAAGGAAGGCAUCAUUGGAUCGGUACGUAAUGAGGCCCUGGCGGCCGGAUGUCCACAUGCAAGAGAGAGCAUCUGGCAGUUCUAUGUCAACAAAUGUGCCAACAAUCUCCACGUUGUUAUGGCGAUGUCACCCGUGGGAGACACACUAAGGACACGAUGCAGGAACUUCCCAGGAAUGGUAAACAACGCCAGUAUUGACUGGUUCUUCCCCUGGCCGGAGCAGGCUCUGUAUGCUGUAGCCAGCGUCUUCAUCUCACCUGAUCAUAGUCUCAUCCCCGACAAUCAUCGCGAAGAUGUCGUCAGCCACAUUGUGUUGGUGCAUCAAAGUGUUGGUCAGUACAGCAAGAAGUUCCUGCAGCGUCUGAGACGUAACAACUACGUCACACCCAAAAACUACCUGGACUUCAUCAACACGUAUCUAAAACUCCUGGAGGAGAAGGACAAGUUCAUCCUGGCUCAGUGCGAACGUCUGGCGGGAGGUCUCCAGAAGAUCGCAGAUGCCAGCGAGCAGCUUGCUGUGCUCAAUGAGAAGUUGGCAGUGCAGAAGAUUGCCGUGACGGAGAAGACUGUCGCUUGUGAGGCACUGCUUGAGGAGAUCUCAUCUGGAACCACCCAAGCCACAGAGAAGAAACAACUGGCUCAGAAGAAAGGGCAUGAAAUUGCAGAACAAAGCAAGAUCAUUGUUGUAGAGAAGAAAGAAGCUGAGGAUGCCCUGCAAGAGGCCCUGCCUGCCCUGGAGGCUGCCAGAUUUGCCCUGGAGGACCUCGACAAGUCAGAUGUUACUGAGAUCAGGUCUUUUGCCAAACCCCCGAAGGCUGUGCAGACAGUGUGUGAAUGUAUUGUGGUCCUCAAGGGCAUCCGAGAAGUGUCCUGGAAGUCAGCUAAGGGAAUGAUGUCUGAGGCCAACUUCUUGAGAACGCUGACAGAGUUGGAUGUGGACAACAUCGGCUCCAGACAGACCCAGGCUGUCAAAGGGCUGCUGAAGGACAUUGAUAUGAGCCCUGAUGAGAUGAAGAACAUCAGUAAAGCUGGGUCGGGGCUGCUCAAGUUCGUGGAGGCCGUCAUGGGCUACUGUGUUGUUGCCAGGGAGAUCAAGCCCAAGAGAGAAAAGGUGGCUAAGUUGGAGAGGACGUAUCACCAAGCCAAGCGAGACCUGGAUAAGAUCACGAACGAGGUGAACUCCCUGGAGAAGCUGCUGAACGCGCUGAACAAACAGUACGAGGAGGCUAUGGCCGAGAAGAAAGCCCUCACGGAUGAGGCAGAGAUUAUGGAGAGGAGGCUGAUCGCUGCAGAUAAGCUCAUCUCCGGUCUCGGCUCUGAGAACAUUAGGUGGACGAAGGACUUGGAGGAUCUGAAGCAGAUGAGGAUCCGACUGUUGGGAGACUGUCUGGUCAGCUCCGCCUUCCUCAGCUAUGUGGGCGCCUUCAGCUGGGAGUUCCGCUAUGACCUUGUACACAAAGACUGGGUGAAUGAUCUGCGUGGCCGGGGAGUUCCACUCAGUGACCCCUUCAAGGUGGAAGACCUGCUUACUAACGAUGUGGAGGUCAGCAAAUGGACAUCGGAGGGACUGCCGCCAGAUGAACUGUCCAUCCAGAACGGUAUUCUGACCACUCGAGCUAGCCGCUUCCCCCUGUGUAUUGACCCCCAGCAGCAAGCUCUCAAGUGGAUAAAGAAGAAGGAAGAGGCACACAACCUUAAGGUGUGCACAUUCAAUGACCCUGACUUCCUGAAGCAGCUGGAGCUGGCUAUCAAAUACGGCUUCCCCUUCCUCUUCCAAGAUGUGGAUGAAUACAUCGACCCUGUCAUUGACAACGUUCUGGAGAAAAACAUUAAAGGGGCCCAGGGCAGGGAGUUUGUGGUUCUGGGGGACAAGGAGGUAGACUAUGACCCAAACUUCCGUCUUUACCUCAACACCAAGCUGGCCAACCCCAAAUAUGGACCCAACAUCUUCGGCAAGUCCAUGGUCAUCAACUAUACUGUGACACUCAAGGGUCUGGAGGACCAGCUGCUGAGCGUUAUAGUCAAGUAUGAGAGGAAGGAACUUGAAGAGCAGAGAGAGAGACUCAUCCAGGAGACAAGUGUCAACAAGCGUCUACUGAAGGACCUGGAGGACUCGCUGCUGAGGGAGCUGGCCACAUCCCAGGGCAACAUGUUGGAUAAUGUGGAGCUCGUCUCUACUCUGGAGGAAACCAAGUCCAAGGCCACAGAGGUGUCGGAGAAGUUGAAACUUGGAGCCAAGACAGCAAUCGAUAUUGAGAAACUGCGUGAUGGCUACAGGCCUGCUGCCAAGCGGGGAGCCAUCCUGUUCUUCGUCCUUGCGGAGAUGUCGCUUGUCAACACCAUGUACCAGUACUCGCUGGCGUCCUACCUAGAGGUGUUCGAGUUCUCACUGAGGAAGAGUCUCCCAGACUCCAUAUUGGUGAAGAGACUCAGGAACAUCAUGGACACUCUCACUCACAAUGUGUACAACUAUGGCUGUACAGGUAUAUUUGAGAAGCACAAGCUGCUGUUCUCGUUCCAAAUCACCAUCAAACUGGAACAAGACCAGAGCCAUGUUACCCAAGAGGAGCUGGAUUUCUUCAUCAAGGGUAACAUCGCUCUAGAAAAGAGCAAGCGACGUAAGCCGUAUCCUUGGAUACCGGACGAGGGAUGGGAAGACUGCAACCGCCUGGUAGAGGUUAUGCCAGAGAAGUUCAGUACACUACUUGAUGAUAUUGAGAAAAACGAGAAGGUUUGGAAAAAGUGGUACGACCAUGACACUCCAGAAUCUCAAACCUUCCCUCUGAAAUAUGAAGAAUCUCUCACACACUUCCAACGUCUCAUGCUCCUGAGAUGUUUCCGAAUUGACCGUGUUUACCGAGCCGUGACAGAGUUUGUUACCAAGGUGAUGGGCGAGAAAUAUGUGACUCCACCAAUCAUAAGCUUCGAGUCGAUCUUCGAGCAGAGCACGCCAAUGUCACCAAUUGUGUUCAUCUUGAGUCCAGGGUCGGAUCCUGCAAGUGAUUUGAUGAAACUGGCAGAGAGGUUGGAGUUUGGUACCAACAAACUAAAGUUCUUGUCCAUGGGUCAAGGUCAAGAGAAGGUGGCCCUUCAGCUGUUAGAGACUGCUAUUGCCCGUGGUCAGUGGCUGAUGCUGCAGAACUGUCAUCUGCUGGUCAAGUGGCUUCGUGACCUUGAGAAACAGCUUGAGAAACUGAACAAACCUCACCCGGAUUUCCGUCUAUGGUUGACCACUGAGCCGACACCAAGUUUCCCCAUCGGUAUACUGCAGAGGUCACUGAAGGUUGUGACGGAGCCUCCAAAUGGCCUGAAGCUGAACCUACGUAGUACUUAUCACAAGAUCCCAGCAGCAUCGCUGACAGAGUGCUCCCACCCUGCCUUCCCUUCACUAGUCUUCGUACUGGGGUUCUUCCACGCUGUGGUGCAGGAGCGCAGGAAGUACGGCAAGAUCGGAUGGAAUGUGUCGUACGACUUCAACGAGUCUGACUUCCGUGUGUGCAUGCAGAUUCUCAACACGUACCUAAUGAAGGCCCAGGAACAGGGGGAUUCCAAGAUACCCUGGGCCAGCUUGAAGUACCUCAUCGGGGAGGUGAUGUAUGGUGGCCGGGCUAUUGACGACUUUGACCGCCGCGUGCUACGGACGUACAUGGAUGAAUACAUGGGUGACUUCAUCUUCGAUACGUUCCAGCCUUUCCAUUUCUAUGUAGGAGAGGGCGUCGACUACAGGAUCCCUGAAGAAGGAUCCAGGGAUGUGUAUGUUGACUAUAUUGAGUCCUUACCUCUUGCGAACACGCCAGAAGUGUUUGGCCUUCACCCCAAUGCCGAGAUCGGCUACUACACCCAGGCUGCCCGUGACAUGUGGAGCCACCUGGUGGAGCUACAGCCACAGACAGGUGAAAGUGGGUCUGGGGUGAGUCGAGAAGAGUUCAUCGACAAGAUCGCCACUGAUGUUCUCAACAGAUUGCCACAAGAAUUUGAACUGGACAAGAUUCGUAAGAAGUUUGGACUGGAUAUCACUCCUACGACGGUGGUCUUACUACAAGAGUUGGAAAGAUUCAACAAGCUCAUCAACAGGAUGAGGAGAUCACUGGCCACACUCAAAAGGGCUCUUGCUGGUGAGGUGGGCAUGAGCAGUGAGCUGGAUGAUGUCUCACGGUCACUGUUCAACGGUCAGAUUCCAUCCAUUUGGCGUAGACUGGCCCCCGAUACACUCAAGUCCCUUGCCAACUGGAUGAUCCACUUUGAGAAGAGAUACAAGCAGUACAACGCAUGGGUGAAUGAAGGUGAGCCCUCUGUGAUGUGGUUGUCCGGUCUGCACAUACCGGAGUCCUAUCUCACGGCCUUGGUGCAAGCGACAUGUCGUAAGAACAGCUGGCCACUGGACAAGUCCACUCUGUACACCAGCGUCACACAGUACCAGGCCGCGGAGGAUGUCACAGAACGGGCACAUGCUGGUUGUUUCGUGUACGGCCUGUGUCUAGAGGGCGCUGCCUGGGACAAGGAAAACACCUGUCUCAUCCGUCAGAAACCCAAACAGCUCAUUCAGGAACUACCAGUUCUCAAGAUCAUCCCCAUCGAAGCUCAUCGGCUCAAACUCCAGAACACAUUCCGUACGCCUGUGUAUGUGACCUCACAGAGGAGGAAUGCCAUGGGUGUCGGGCUGGUCUUCGAGGCCGACCUCGCCACAUCAGAACACACCAGCCACUGGGUGCUGCAAGGAGCUUGUCUCAUUCUCAACACAGAUUAGAUCACAACAUGUUCGUCUUAUAAGACUCCACCGCUUUAAGCUUUCCAUAGAACCCAAAUCCCAAUCAUUAGAACCAAAUAACUGUCAGUUCAGGUGAUUGUAUAGAAGUGUUUUUUCAUUCAAACAGAAUGUUUAAUCAAUUUCUUAUUUUGAAAUGAUUCAUGGUCGAUCAUUGUCCAAAAUGGAGAACUCUUUCAAUUAGAAGUCUACAGGGUCAUUAAAAAAGUUUAUGCACAUAAAAUGUCCAAAGCCUGGCAAGAGAUUAUUUUCACUGAAGUCAUCAGUAUUAAAUGUUACAUUGUCUAUAUAUAAUGAUAUAAGUAUUAAGUGACUGUUGUUUAUGAUGCUAAUUGGUGUCAUAGUGCUCUUAAAUGUCAAUUUCAUUUGACCUGUUGUUGUGUUCAAUAUUGUACAUAGCUUUAACAGUGAAGCAAUAUUGUAUAUUUCUUGUUAGUGAACUGUUGUGUUAUUUGUAUUGAUAAUGUAUGUUCUAACAAUGUCAUUUAUUGAUGUCACGACGGAGAUAUAUGCAUGAAACUCCAUUCCGAUUAAAUCAUAACAGUAAUUCACAAAAAUACAAAUAUUUCAUCCAGUGUCUACAAAGUGUGUAUAUUUAUUUGUGUACUUUUGUGCGUAGAGCUUUAGCUGUGAUAUGUUAUAUUUAUUUAUAUCCAUUGAAAGUAUUUCUAUCAAAGCAUUCAUUUAUCAUGUUUAUCCUGAACUUGCCAUGCAAUAUGUUGAAACAUUCCGUCCAAAUAUGGUACCAAGAUUUAUGGUAAACACUAUUCUAUGAAAGUUCUAAAAGGGUUUGUAUUAUUGGGUAUGGGUUUGGAGAGUUUUUUCCACCCAUCAAAACCUUCUCAAAUCAGUAUUUACUGUCUUCAGAUGAUCUCAGUUGGUAUUGUGACAAUGAACUGUACUUAAAUUCAAUGGUCAAUUCCCUUAAUUCAGAAUUAUAAGAACUCACAUUGUGCCAAACAUAUAAAUUCAUUUGUCAUGAAGUACACCUUGUGGGAUUUUUUUGUUGAUAUUGAAACAGUUUAUAUGUUUUUUUGUUUUUUUUGUUAUUCAUCUCACACAAAACUGUGUUUUAUUUUGUAUGAAAAAGAAGAAAACCUAAAAAAGAAU